AAAAGAGCGACUGGAAUACAACACCAAACACUGUGAAAAUAUAACACUGCCAGUUCCUCUCUCUCCCUAUCCACAUCCAAUCUCCGACCUCAGGGCAGCUACAAUGCCACGAGUAUUUCCCGACCAACAAAAGAAGUUUGAGUCGGAGGAAGUUUUUAAGAAGCUUUCCCAAGAUUCCGACAUUAAGUACACUGGCUUCAAAGACAAGCCACAUGACGAGCGUAGACAAAGGUUUAUUCAAGACCUAUCUGAAGGACACUCCAUAUUGACUUUUGUAUCAACAGGCACAAAUUUGACUCUUCUAUUCUGUUCCAAGGCACUAAGUGAUGAUCGGACAGCUGAGCACAAACCAAGCAGAGAAAAUGUUGACUUUGAAUCAGAGCUAGGAAAGGUACACCUCUCAUCCCGGUUCAUAAUGAAUGGCGUAUGUGUCAAGUGGAUUGGUUGGGUCGACUUAGAAACUCUGACUGGUAAAGCAAAACUGGUCUUUGACGAUCAGAAUGCCAAGAUAGAAGAUGAAGUAAUGCGGCAGGUUAUGAAAGAGACCCAAGAGAGAGUAAGACUUUUUGAAGAGAGUCAGAGGAAGUGGCAGGAGCAACGACAACCUCAUUCACCUUCAGAAAUGGCCAGCUAAUAUUGGACUGUUUUGAAGUAACCAUCUCCAGUGCUUUUCCUGUAUCCCUCUCACUUCACCUCCUGAUUGGUUUUUAAUCUGUCAAUCGCACUCGGUCUCUCUCUCUCUCCUUAUGUACUUAUAAAUCUCAUUUAUCCCAUUCUGAUUAUCUCUCCCUUAUCCUCUCAAUGUGGCAUUACAUAUACACACUUUAUGUCCUCGCAAUCUCCUUAUUUAUUUAAAUUUUAUUCAUUAUUCCUUCCCACAAUUAUCAUUUUUCAUUUAAUAACUAUUUUAUGAUGUAAUUAUUUUGUACAGUGAAAAUAAAGAAGAUAAAAAUUAAUAUUAUUAUUGUUAUUAAUCUAAUAUCUAUUGAUCAAAAUGCC